AUGGAUCAGCCCGUGUCAAGAGAGGUGGAGGCGCCUACAGCGCGAUCUUGUGGAAGCUUCCCGAAUGGAGAGUGUUCAAAAUCUAGAUCAGGGUAUGCCGAAGGCUUGACGGUGAAUGAGGCGGAGUACCAUGGGCUACUACUAUGUCUGGAUCUGUUGGCGGAUCUAGAUCCACGGCAUCUGGUGAUCUGCGGAGACUCAAACCUGGUGAUCCGACAAGUACGAGGGGAAAUCGAUUGUAAGGCGCCGGGUCUGACACUGUUACGUCAGCGAGCCUUGGAUCGACUACGUACGUGGCCAGAUCAUGAACUAUUGCAUGUCAAACGAGACUGGAAUGGCAGUGCUGACAGCCUAGCAAGUGCCGCUCUGCAACGGCAAUGUGGGAUCGAGAUAGAGUCUGACGCGGAGAUCCAGGAUCUCGUAACGUUAAAUCGGUUGGAGGAGAACCUGAUAAUAUCAGCUAUGACGACCCGAUCUAAGGCUAGAUUGGGAGUGCGUGUGGGAUCUGAUCCAAACUCUCUACGAGAAGAAGUCGUGAGAGAGCUGCGGAUCGAGCGGAUCCGGCAAGUGCAGGACGAGGAGUCGUGGAUCAUGGGCUUGAAGAGGUAUUUGGUCGGGGAGAUCCGGGAUCUGACCCAGGAAGAGGCUAAGAUGUUUGGAUCUAUUGUCAUGAAUUAUGAAGUGGAUGAGUCGGAUCUGCUCUUCUAUUGCCCUACGACUAAGGAAACCGCCGCAGAUCGAGACAAGUUGAUGCGACUAGUGAUACCUGAGACCCUUCAACAGGACCUUUUGCACCACUACGAGUCUACAGGGUGGUCAUCACGGGGUCUGUAUAAGAGUGCACAUCGAUACGUGGGAAAAUGUGUCGACUGUAAAACAGGCAAGGGAAGACCGCGGAUACAGGGCAAGUCACCCGGUAACCUUCAGGCAACGUACCCAUUUCAGAUCAUUGCCAUGGAUCACAUACCUUCAUUGCCUAGAUCCUUCAACGGCAACACAGAAUUGCUGAUCUUCGUGGAUCUAUGCUCGGGAUAUGUGAUCGCCAAAGCCAGCGCCUCCAGAUCAGCUCAAACAAUCGCCGAGACCUACGAAGAAUGUGUCUUUCGUCGGUUUGGCGCGAACAAUGUGAUCCGACACGAUCGGGAGCCAGGCUUUAUGUCUGAUGUCUUUAAGGCGUUUAACAAGAUCCGGGGGCAACGCCAACGGGCUACCAUGGCGUAUCGACCCCAAGCUAAUGGAUCUGCAGAACACAACUACCAGAAGAUGUAUGUGGAAGAUCUAGAUCAACGAGAUUGGGACGAGUAUGCCGAACGACUCACCUUUGCGAUCAAUACCGCAAGAGAUCGGAUCCAAGGUGAAACGCCUUUCUAUAUGAUACAUGGCUGGGAUCCUGGAUCUACCCUGGAAGCUGUGAUCCCGGUGGGAAGCACUCUGAACCAACGUCUGCGUGAGGCGAUUGCGGAUCGGGCCGAUGCGCAUAAUGAUUUAGCACGUCCUCAUCCUGUAGAGUCUGGAUCAAGGGUAUGGCUGUACCUAGAUCGAGUACGUGAAGGAUAUGCGAAAAAGCUGGCACACUUAUGGCAUGAAUCCACAUACGGCAUUUUCCCGGUGGUGCGUGUGUCGAAGAUCAAACUGGUCAAGGUAUUCCCAGAUCGACCAGUAGCUCGUCUGAACGGGUCAGAAGGAGACCGGGUGGAUUUUGAUGAGGCUCUCCUACCUGAAGACAGCUGGUUCCACGAUCGGGAUCCAGAUGAAUACGAA